ACAGGUUCCAGAUUUCACCAGUUGCCAGUAUAAUGACUACUCUUACCAGACGUAUCCAUUUGAAGAUUCUAUGUAUCCAGAUUCCAUACCGUGUAUCGAGUAUGACAAGGAUGAGUGUCACGGGAAUCAUCUGGUUACGAAAAACGAUCAACAAUGCACACCGAUGUCUGUACACUCCCACACAAGCCUGGCAGAUCAAGUCAACGCCAUCGACUUCCAAAAUCUUUCACAGGGUACGGAAUACGAUGAAUGUCACGGUCUGUCCGGCAACGACGAGUGUGGCGAAUUAGAAAGAGAACCAACACCGUCAUACACAUGGAAAAGAGACAGAACGCGUCAGGGUACCGGCGUCAAAGACAGAAGUUUGGCUAACAAGAGAGAAAGAGACCGAAUGCACAAAAUCAUUGACGGUCUUGGCAGUUUGCGACAAGUUUUACCUAAGUCAGUUUCAACGAAGCGGCUCUCGAAGAUCAACACCCUAAAGUCGGCCAUUGAGUAUAUCGGUUAUUUAGGGAAUCUCUUGGAGCACGGAGAGGACAAUUGUGACGCCAUACUCAAUCAGAAAUACCGGAAACACAUACAAGAACUGCGUAGCAGUCCAGCAUCUACAAGUCAGCAAAAACAAUCCAACCAGACACAAAAUGAGAUCGUAUCUCGAAAAACGCAGACCUCCUACAGGCGAGCCACACCAGUUUCAACCUUAGUUCCAGCAUCACCAUGUCAGCAUCAUCACCAUGACAGCAAAGCGAAAUUUGCCACCAAUGAAGAGAUAGUCCAUUCAUAUACUGCAAUGAAUAACAACGUCUACAGUCCGAUUUCCGAGGACGCGGACUACUGCAUGCUACACUGAUUUCUACUAUAGUAAUAUACCCUUUGAUGUAAACUUGCAACUACAGAGGCAGAGCCCACCGUGACUUCAUUCAAUAAUCGAGCCACGAAGACUCUAGGAACCGCGACAGCAACUUCGUUUCAUCUUAUAACUGUUACCCGGACUGUUACCGAGAAAGAAGAAACAAAACACAAAACUAAGACGCUCGUUUGAAAUAAAUUUGUGCUUAUGCUAUGACUCGAUUACUAAGAGUCAACGUUUUUGAAUUGAUUUCGAUGACUGUAAAAUAUGGAUGUUUUAUACUUUAUUUAUUUUAAUAAUUUAAUUAAAAGCAUGAUGUAAAUAUAUGAUUGUA